AUGACGGUUGAUGUAAUCAACAACGGUCUCACGAUGGAGGCGAAUCUCCACUAUUGGAUUCCCGUGACUUGCGCUUUUGGCCGCUUCGUACACCGGAGAAAGUCGGAUAAUCGCCGACCUGUCAACGGCGACGGCUUCGGUGUAGGGUUCUACACUGACCCCAAGCUAGGUCCAGAGCCCUGCAUAUUCACCUCGACACUUCCAGCCUGGAACUGUGAGAACCUGGAGCGUCUGGCUUCUAAGACAUGCUCGAACCUCAUCUUCGCGCAUGUCCGUGCCACGACGGAGGGGACGCUGUCCGACACUAACUGCCACCCAUUCCAGCAUCAGACUCUGAUGUGGAUGCACAAUGGCAACGUCGGCGGCUGGCACUACAUCAAACGGACGCUAGCCGACUCGCUCGCGGACAAGUGGUACCUCGGCGUAAAGGGCGGCACAGAUAGUGAAUGGGCAUUUGCGCUAUUCCUUGACCUUCUGGAGAAGGAAGGGGUUGAUCCCAGCUCGAAUCCCGGGCCAGAGGGCUUUGGACAGGCACUACUGCGGAAAGUGAUGGUCAAGACCAUCGCAAAGAUCAAUGAGUUCAUCCGCGAUAUUCCCAAGCGACAUAAUGUUUCCGGGGUGGAGACGCGCAGUUUACUCAAUUUUGCUGUGACGGACGGCCAUACCGUGGUUUGUACGCGUUAUAUCAGCAGCAAGACUGACGAGCCCGCUAGUCUGUAUUUCUCGUCGGGGACGAAAUGGAAAGAAGGGAAGGACAAAGGCCACUUCAAGAUGGAGCGCCACGACAAAGGGGCAGAUAUUGUUUUGGUGGCUAGUGAGCCCAUCACCUUCGAACGCCAUAAUUGGGUAUCCGUCCCUGCGAAUUCGAUAGUCACGAUCCACAAGCAGUCUGUCCUUCUACAUCCCAUUUUGGACGAAUUCUACACUGAGGACAUCAACCAAGAUCGGUCUUCAUGCUACGCCGUCUCCAAAGGCCUUGUUAGCACUGCGCCUGGGACAACGGUUCAACCGCAAGACGCAGAGGUUUUGCAAGAUCCCACCGUUAGUAGCAUAGGCACAAGAUUGGAGAAUUUGGAUGUGCGAUUAUCAAACCAAUGCGCGCUGUCGCACUGA